CACCAUGGCUGCCGCCGGCCAGGCAGAAGAGUGUUUAGCGCCGCCGGUGGCAGCCUGGAGCAAGCCGUCAGCAGCUUCGCCCAAACUGGCCGCCCUGACCAGCAGGAAGCUGGGGAAGUGUGUUGUCUAUCCGCCUCCUCCGAAGAACUCCCGCGUGUCCCGUUCCGUUCUCCGCUGGCUCCAGGGCCUCAACCUCAGCUUCUUCCCCAGGAACAUCAGCAGAGAUUUUUCAAAUGGCUUCCUGAUUGCAGAAAUAUUCUGUAUAUAUUAUCCUUGGGACCUUAAAUUAUCAUACUUUGAAAAUGGAACCUCUUUAAAAGUCAAGUUGGAUAACUGGGCACAAUUAGAGAAGUUUCUAGCGAAAAAGAAACUUAAAUUACCUAAAGAACUAAUCCAUGGAACAAUUCAUUGUAAACCUGGAGUACCUGAAAUAUUGAUACAAGAAGUUUAUACUUUGUUAACACACCGAGAAAUUAAAAGUAUCCAGGAGGACAUCGUGAAUUUCACAGACUAUAGUUACCAGAUGCAUUUACCUAUGGUUUCCAGGUCUACAGCUUCAAAGUUUAUUAAAGAUAACAUUAGGUUAACGGAAUUAAAAAGCAAUCCCAACAUACUCAGCAAUGAACUUAAAGCAGAGUUCCUCUUACUUUUGCAAAUGUUGCAAAGAAAAAUAAGCAGAAAAUUGAAUCCCGGCUGGUUUGAUGUCAAACCAAACGUGGCAGAAAUUACUCUUGAUCAUCUUCCUCCCCGGGGCUCUGGGUGUAGAUGUCCAAAAGUUUUAAAGGAGACAGCUGCAACUUCAUCAAAGACUGGUAGUGGUGUUAAAGCACAUAAAGAAAUUCAUGUGAAGCAUGCUGAAAAAUGAUCUUAUGAAUCUGUUCUGAAGCCGAUCAGAAACAUGGAAAAGAAACCUGGAUUGGUACUGUCAUAUGGCUCUGAAGAAGUGAUGUCACACUCUCUUGCCACCCUGUAGGGAUAUAAUCACCUACU